AGCCAUACGGCUCCGAUCUAGGGGCAAUUUUUGUUAUCUGUUUCGUACUCUGUUCCCUGGUGACUGGGGGACGCCCCACACGGUUUCCGUGGUUCACCGUCUGCGAUAGGGUCUCCCUAUCGAUCUGGGGGAUUUCGAUUCCCAAUCUGUGGUCCGUCUGGGCCAAUCUGGAGACACCCUUUGAGGUGACUCAUCUGGGGGAUUUCGAUUCCCAGUCUGUGGUCCGCCCGGGCCAAUCUGGAGACACCCUGUAAGGUGUCUCAUUUGGAGUGAAACUGAUGCGUAUGCAUGUGAAUGAAGUGGCCGGCCUGAUUGUUUUGUGUGUCGUGGGUGCUGUGUUAGGUUAUUUGUUGUACCGCGCUUGCGUUAACCGCCCUGUGACAAUAGAACGUCAUGGGACAGUCGACCUCAUCCCCAUUGUCCCUCACCCUCGACCAUUGGUCGGAGGUGCGGAAGAGGGCUCACGAUCUCUCCUUGCAGGUCAAGAAGAGUAAGUGGCAGGAUUUCUGCUCGACUGAGUGGCCUGCUUUCUCUGUGGGGUGGCCACCAGAGGGGACUUUUCAUCUGCCCCUCAUUCUAGCAGUUAAGGACGUCAUCUUCCGCCCCGGACAAAGGGGGCACCCUGAUCAAGUCGCUUACAUCCUGGUAUGGCAGGACCUCAGGGAGGAACCCCCAUUAUGGGUAAAAUCCUUUCUUCCCCCUUCUGACUCAUCUGUACCAAAGCUUUUAGCUCUGAAAGGACCUCCCACUUCGGCUCCGGUCCUGCCCGAGUCUCAGCCUGAUCUACCCUUACUCGACUAUGACCAGCCUCCUCCUUCCCAGCCGACUCAACCUCCUCCGUACCCACUCUCUCCUCCAGCCUCCUCGUCCGAAUCGAGUGCUGCUUCUCCGUCAGCCCCCUCUUCACCUGAGCUAAAUUCCUCUUCUCCUCCGGUACCCACGUCCCCUCUAUAUCCCCCACUCCCUGCGAUGGCUUGCCCCGAGCCCACACCUCCGGGGCCCACGGGCCCAGCCCAGAACACUCGGAGCAAGCUACGGCUUGAGGAUCCAGUCGUUGCCCUCCCUCUCCGUCCCUAUGGGCCCAUGAUAGACGAUGGGACAGAUGGAGGGCAGAUGCCCGCUUUACAGUACUGGCCUUUUUCUACCUCAGAUCUCUAUAACUGGAAAAACAAUAACCCUCCUUUUUCUGAUGAUCCUUCUAAGCUAACAGGUCUAAUGGAUUCUGUUAUGUUCUCCCACCAACCCACAUGGGACGACUGUCAACAGCUCCUAGGGGUCCUGUUCACCACCGAGGAAAGAGACCGCAUCCUCCUGGAAGCCCGGAAAGCUGUUCCCGGAGAGGAUGGCAGACCCACCCAGAGACCAGACCGGAUCGAUGACUUCUUCCCCUUAAAGCGCCCCAACUGGGACCCCAACUCACCUGCUGGUAGGCAGCAUCUUUCUAUCUAUCGCCAGACUCUAAUGGCAGGUCUCCGGGCGGCCGCAAGGCGCCCCACUAAUCUGGCCAAGGUAAGAGAAGUUACCCAAGGACCUACUGAGACUCCCUCAGUUUUUCUAGAACGCCUGAUGGAAGCUUACCGGCGAUAUACGCCUUUUAACCCUGAGGAGGAAGGCCAAAAAGGCUCGAUAGCUAUGGCCUUUAUAGGACAAUCGGCCCCUGAUAUAAGACGUAAGCUCCAAAGGCUAGAUGGUCUCCAAGACCUGACUCUGAGGGAUCUUGUUAAGGAAGCUGAAAAGGUCUACUAUAAGCGGGAGACAGAGGAAGAGAAAGAGUUAGCUAGGGACAAAAGACGAAACAAGGAAUUAACUAAGAUGUUGGCCACAGUUAUUCAGGGAAAACCUGAGCCAGGAAAGGGAAAGCCCACUCGCCCUCCAUUAGACCCUGAUCAAUGUGCAUAUUGUAAGGAAAAAGGACACCUGAUCAAAGACUGUGAAAAACAGUCCUCACAGCGAUCCCGAGCCCCCAUGCUCACCCUAGAUGAAGAAGACUAGGGACUUCGGGGCUCGGAUCCCCUCCCCGAGCUCAGGGUAAUGUUUAAAGUGGAGGGGACUCCCGUGGAAUUCGAGGUCGAUACGGGAGCUGUUUAUUCGGCCUUACAAGCCCCCUUAGGGGCCCUUUCAACUAAGAAAUCAUUAGUUCAAGGGGCUAACGGGAGCAAAUAUCGCUCGUGGACCACUGAGCGCACAGUUGACUUAGGCAAGGGAAAAGUAAAACACUCCUUUCUGGUUAUUCCCGAAUGUCCUGCUCCCCUCCUGGGACGGGACUUAUUAACCAAACUGGGGGCAAAGAUUUCCUUUGAGCCCCAAGGACCUCAAGUGACAUUCCGUAACCCAAAGGUUGGGCAACCUAUGGUUACGGUGUUAUCCCUAAAACUGGAAGAUGAAUAUAGGCUCUACGACCACCAGGAUCCCCAGCCUAUCGCCCCAGCCUGGUUAACUGAUUUUAAAGAAUCCUGGGCCGAGACGGCUGGACUCGGGCUGGCAAGCCAGCAACCGCCUGUAGUGGUUACUUUAAAAACCACUGCCUCCCCUAUUCGGGUCAAGCAAUAUCCCAUUAAUAGAGAAGCUCACCUAGGGAUUAAGGUGCACAUACAGAGACUUUUAGACCAAGGGGUAUUAACUCCUUGUCGGUCUGCAUGGAAUACUCCGUUACUCCCGGUCAAAAAGCCCGGGACGAAUGACUACAGACCGGUACAGGACCUAAGGGAGGUCAAUAGCAGGGUAGAAGACAUUCACCCCACCGUACCCAAUCCCUAUAAUCUCCUCAGCGGGUUAAAUCCGUCAAGGACUUGGUAUACUGUUCUGGAUUUAAAGGAUGCCUUUUUCUGUUUGCCUUUACACAAAGAUAGCCAGCCCUUAUUUGCAUUUGAAUGGACGGACCCUGAGACUGGGUCCGCCGGACAACUAACCUGGACGCGCCUCCCACAGGGCUUCAAAAACAGCCCAACCAUCUUUGAUGAAGCCCUACAUAAGGAUUUAGCCCCCUUUCGGGCUCAACACCCAAGCCUCACCCUUCUUCAAUAUGUAGAUGACUUGCUGCUGGCUGCGGACUCUGAGGGUGACUGCACAAGCGGAACUCAGGACCUUUUACGUGAGUUGGCUAUCCUGGGGUAUAGGGCAUCAGCAAAAAAGGCUCAAAUUUGUAAGCGAGAGGUAAUUUUUCUGGGCUACUCCUUAAAAGGGGGACAAAGGUGGCUCACUGAGGCCAGAAAACAGACUGUGGUCCAGAUUCCCCCUCCAAAGAGUCAAAAACAAUUACGAGAGUUCCUGGGCACUGCGGGGUUCUGCCGGUUAUGGAUCCCCGGAUUCGCAACUUUGGCAGCUCCCCUAUAUCCGUUACUGAAGGGGGGAUCUCCCUUUAUCUGGAAAAAAGAUCACCAGCAGGCCUUUGAUGCCAUCAAGCGGGCUCUCCUGUCCGCUCCGGCCCUGGCUCUUCCUAAUGUGGAUAAGCCCUUUACUCUCUUCAUGGAAGAAAAAAAAGGAAUGGCGAGAGGAGUGCUGACCCAGGCCUUUGGGCCAUGGAGGCGUCCGGUGGCUUACCUCUCAAAAAGACUGGACACUGUGGCAAGCGGGUGGCCACCCUGCCUAAAGGCCAUCGCAGCAGCUGCCUUGCUCAUUAAAGACGCUGACAAAUUGACUUUGGGACAGAAAAUAACAAUCAUUGCCCCGCACACGCUAGAAAGCAUCAUCCGCCAGCCUCCAGACAGAUGGCUCUCAAAUGCCAGAGUUACUCAUUAUCAGAGCCUCUUGCUCAACAAGGACAAGAUAACUUUUGGACCCCCGGUGACUCUCAACCCGGCGACUCUGCUGCCGGAAGAAGCUUCGGAACCCGUCCUCCAUACCUGCCAGGACGUCUUGGCAGAAGAGGCCGGAGUACGACCGGACUUAUUGGAUUGCCCCCUACCCAAUGCAGAGGUGACCUACUUCACUGACGGGAGUAGCUUUUUGAUUCAAGGUAAGCGGUAUGCGGGGGCGGCUGUGACUGAUUAUUCCAAUGUUAUAUGGACAGCCAGACUAGAGGACGGGUCCUCGGCCCAAAAGGCCGAACUGAUUGCUUUGACUAAGGCUCUGGAGCUCGCUAAAGGAAAGCGAGCGAACAUUUACACGGAUAGCCGAUAUGCUUUUGCAACGGCCCACAUCCACGGGGCCAUAUACCGCCAGCGGGGGCUUCUGACCUCCGCAGGAAAAGAAAUAAAACACAAACAGGAAAUCCUCCAGUUGCUCGCUGCAGUUAUGUUGCCCCGGAAGGUGGCGAUAAUACACUGUAACAGCCACCAGAAAGGGACUGAUCCCGUCACAAGGGGAAACAACCUGGCCGAUCAGGCAGCAAAAUCUGCAGCCUUGGGAGACUCACAGAUGUUGGUGACUGAUGUCAAAGAUUCUCCUCAAAAGGAGAAAGCUCAGAUUAACCAAAUCCCUGAAACACCUGAUUUGACUGCUUACAUACAACAGGCCCACCGGCUCACUCAUUUGGGAGCUAAAAAGCUAAGCCUACUGGCCCAACGCCAAGACUUCCCAGGGGCAUCCCCCACUGCCAUACGUCAGGUCGCCAAUCGGGUGGUGGCUAAUUGUGAGGCAUGUCAAUUGACCAAUGCCUACCCUGCCAAGCUGGCCCCCGGCAAAAGGCUACACGGCACCAGACCUGGACAAUACUGGGAAGUGGACUUUACAGAAGUUAAGCCUGCCCGAUGCGGACUAAAAUAUCUGCUAGUUUUUGUAGAUACCUUUUCUGGAUGGACUGAGGCUUUUCCUACCAAAAAGGAAACCGCUGCCGUGGUAACUAAAAAAUUGAUGGAAGAAAUAUUUCCCCGGUUCGGAUUGCCAAAGGUAAUAGGGUCUGAUAAUGGACCGGCGUUUGUGGCUAAGGUAAGUCAGGGACUGGCCAACAUAUUGGGGAUUGAUUGGAAAUUACAUUGUGCUUAUAGACCCCAAAGUUCAGGACAGGUAGAGAGAAUGAAUAGAACCAUUAAGGAGACCCUCACUAAAUUGGCUCAUGAGACUGGCUUAAAAGAUUGGACGAUGCUCCUGCCGUAUGCCCUUUUUCGCGCGCGAAACACCCCGUCUACCAAACCCCCUAACCUUACUCCCUUCGAAAUCCUCUUUGGCACUCCACCCCCCAUUCGAGAUCUCACUCCCUUAACUGAGCAUGCUGCCUUGUUGCCAACCUCCCUGUCUGACAGGCUCAUCGCCCUUGACAACCUGCAGAGGGACGUGUGGACGCAGCUAGCCUCGGCCUAUGCUCCCAGUGAGUUCCCCGCGCCACAUCCGUACCAGGUGGGAGACUUUGUGUUCGUCCGGCGCCACCAACAAGAGACUCUACAGCCUCGCUGGAAAGGACCAUACCAGGUCCUAUUGACUACUCCUACAGCGGUAAAGGUUGACGGAGUCGCCUCUUGGAUCCACGCGUCACACCUAAAGCCUGCCUCGGCACCAGUGGACGGCUCCUGGGAACUCAAACGGUCUGAUAACCCCCUGAAGCUAAAGUUGCGCCGAAGGACCCCCUGAGAUUAUUCAGAGUACUACCCUUAUGUGUCCCUCUAAGAUGACCCGUAUGGGACCCCAGACUUUAACCCUCCGGGCUCUAAUGGGAUUACUUAUAUUAAUAAUCCCCACUGUAGCUAGCCCCCAUCGCCCCUGGAAAUGGUCGUUAAUACGAUGGGGGGACUCACGUGUGGGUAGCACCUGGGAAGGAUCAGGAAGUCCAUGGUUUGCGCCCACACCCUGUUGGUUCUUUCCAGGGCUCCAAUGUCCCAAACAAAGUCAUUUUUAUCUUUGUCCCGCACCAACCGGGAGUAGAUCAUAUUGUAAUUCCCCAGGAGAAUAUUUUUGUGCUUAUUGGGGCUGUGAAACCGCUGCAACAGGGUGGCAACCCGCCUUCCCCGAUGAACACCUUAAAAUGACAUGGGGGCCGCCGGGAUGCAGCCUAGAUAACUACCCACCGGCCGGUCAGAGAUCCUGUCAGGUUCUAAAUAUCACUGUCACCACUCCUGAGGACCCAGGUUGGCUGACAGGACGCACCUGGGGACUUCGA